UUCAAGUUGACUAAUUUGCAGGUAUAAUUUGAAUUGCUUUAUGCCAAAAAAAAGAAGUUAUUUUUUUAAUUAAUCCACCAACUACUCUUAAUUCUUGAUCCCUUUCAUCAUCUAAGCCAUCGCUCUGACUUUUCCACUUAAACAACAGAUCUUCAAAAACGUCUGCCAUGACACCAAGUAAUUUCCCUCCGCAGCGGCCGCUACAGAAAUUCACUAUUCAAACGACGACACGGUGGCGGUGUUGCCUGAUUGCGGUGCUGGUUAUGGCGGCGAGCCCAGGUGCUACUGCUCAGAAUACUAGCCGCGCCACUACUGCUCCCGCUGAAGCCCAAGCACUGAAUUCAAUUCUACAGCAAUGGCAAAAGCCUGCAAACACGCGACAAUGGAAUACAACAGGAGAUCCAUGUUCUGGAGCAGCUCUUGUUGACACGAUUGUAAUUGAUAAUCCUGAGUAUAACCCUUUCAUCAAAUGUGAUUGCAGUUAUGAUGACAACACUACAUGCCAUAUUACUGCUCUGAAGGUCUAUGCAAUAGAUGCAAUAGGCGUGCUACCUGACGAGCUCUGGAAUUUGGUUUACCUCACUAAUUUGAAUUUGGCACAAAAUUACUUGACAGGUUCUAUCUCUUCAGGCAUUGGGAACCUAACUCGCAUGCAAUACCUGAGUUUCGGUAUUAAUGCAUUAUCUGGGCCACUUCCGAGAGAACUCGGUCUACUUACUGAGCUGAUAGUACUGGGUGCUGGUGGAAACAAUUUCUCUGGCCCCCUUCCAUCAGAGAUUGGAAACAUAAGAACUCUGCAGCAACUGUACAUUGACAGUUCUGGAGUUAGUGGUGUAAUCCCUUCAACUUUUGCUAAUUUGCAAAAUCUACUGAUUCUGUGGGCAUCAGACAUAGAACUUACUGGUGUGAUACCCGAAUUCAUAGGAAAUUGGACUCAGCUUCAAGUCCUGAGGCUUGAAGGAAACUCAUUUCGUGGACCAAUACCAUCAUCGCUGUCCAAUCUUACUUCCUUGCAGGAGCUGAGGAUUAGUGGCUUGUCAAAUAGCAGUUCUUCUCUGGAAUUUGUAACUAGUAUUACCUCUUUAAACAUCUUAAUUCUGAGGGAUAACAACAUCACAGGUCCCAUACCCCGUAACAUAGGACAACUGCAAAGUUUGACUCAGCUGGACCUAAGCUUUAACAGCAUAACAGGACAAAUUCCAAACUCUGUCUUCAAUUUUGGCUCACUUACGCACUUGUUCCUUGGAAAUAAUAGGCUCACUGGUCCUCUGCCAGCUCAAAAAAGCUCAUCUCUGGCUAAUAUAGAUGUUUCCUACAAUCAAUUAUCUGGGAGCUUACCUUCUUGGGUCAGCCAACGGAAUCUACAAUUUAACUUAGUUGCAAAUAAUUUCUCCAUAACGAGCUCAAACAGCAGAUCUUUGCCAUCUGGGUUGAACUGUUUGGAAAAUGGAUUCCCUUGCAACGCUGGUUUAGGACGCUAUUCUAACUUUGCAAUUAAGUGCGGUGGUCCGCAGAUUAGAGCAUCCAAUCAAAUUGUAUAUGAAAGAGAUAACGAGGCUCUUGGUCCUGCCACUUAUUUUGUGCCUAGCUCUGAAACGUGGGCUGUCAGUAAUGUUGGAUUGUUCACCUCAAACAACAAUGUGUCUUAUACAUUUAACACUCCACGCCAGUUUAUUAGUCAAGACUCUGAACUAUUCCAAACAGUGAGACUGUCAGCUGGUUCCCUAAGGUACCAUGGUCUAGGGCUUCAGAAUGGUAACUAUAGCGUGCUCUUGCGAUUUGCAGAGAUACAAAUUGCAAAUGGUAGAACUUGGCGAAGUCUUGGAAGACGCAUGUUUGAUAUUUUUAUCCAGGGAAAUCGAGUGGAAAGAGAUUUUGACAUACGUAGGGAGGCAGGUGGUCAGUCAUAUAGACCUGUACAGAGAAAUUAUACUAUUCAGGUGACUGCAAAUUACCUUGAAAUACAUCUUUUUUGGGCCGGAAAAGGAACAUGCUGCAUACCUCUCCAAGGAACAUAUGGACCUUCUAUAUCAGCCAUCAGUGUUACUCCAUUGUUUCAACCGAGGCCUGUAAGCUCAACAAAAUCUCAUACGACUGCUAUAAUUGUUGGGAUAAUUGUUCCUGUUGUAGUCAUUGCCCUUCUCUGUUUGGGUGCAUGGUUGUUUUUUCAAAGAAGAAAGAGGUUGCGUGCAGAAGAAAAUGAGUUCAUUGGCAUCGAUACCAAGCCAUACACAUUCACUGAGCUGAAAUCAGCUACUAGGGAUUUUGACCCUUCAAAUAAGCUUGGUGAAGGAGGUUUUGGUGCUGUCUAUAAGGGAACACUGAAUGAUGGUAGAGUUGUUGCAGUUAAACAACUUUCCGUAGCAUCUAAACAAGGGAAGAGUCAGUUUAUAGCAGAAAUAGCUACUAUAUCUGCUGUACAGCAUCGCAACCUUGUAAAAUUAUACGGAUGCUGCAUUGAUGGGGAAAAGCGUUUGCUUGUUUACGAGUACUUGGAGAACAAGAGUCUUGAUAAAGUCUUGUUUGGUGAAAGUAAACUGGAACUGAACUGGGCUAAACGUUUUGAGGUGUGCCUGGGAGUGGCUAGAGGCUUGACUUAUCUUCAUCAAGAAUCACGCGUUCGAAUUGUGCAUAGAGAUGUUAAGUCAAGUAAUAUUCUGCUCGAUUCUGACCUUAAUCCAAAAAUUUCAGAUUUUGGUCUGGCUAAACUAUAUGAUGACAAAAAAACUCACAUGAGCACUGGUGUUGCUGGGACGGUUGGAUACCUCGCACCAGAGUACGCCAUGCGUGGUCAUCUUACAGAGAAGGUUGAUGUGUUUGCUUUUGGUGUUGUUGCUCUUGAACUUGUUAGUGGAAGGUCCAAUUGUGACACCGCCUUGGGGCGGGAAGAGAUGUAUCUUCUUGAUUGGGCAUGGCAUUUGUACGAGAAAAAUCAAGACGUGGAUCUUGUGGAUAAACGAUUGAAAAUAUUCAACAAGGAUGAAGUGAAAAGAGUGGUUACAAUAGCGUUUUUGUGCACUCAAACAUCACCAGCACAACGUCCAACUAUGGCUCGUGUGUUAGGAAUGUUAUCUGGUGAUGUUGAAGUGGGAAGCAUACCAUCUAAGCCGACUUACUUGGCAGAUUGGUCAGUUGAUGAUGACUCCAGUUUUAUGACUAGUGAAGCUUCUGAAUAUUCAAAAACUGGUUAUUCUUCAACCAGUAACUACACAACUACUCAUGGACAAAAUACACCUGCUGAUAAUGUCAGUGUCAACUUCAGCAAUCAGUAAAAUCAUUUCAUACCCAAGAAACUGGUGUAUGCAAUAAAUUGAUUGUCAUUUGAGAUAAUAAUGAUAAAAUUCAGAUCAUACAGAUCGACUCUGCAGUUGGCGAUUCAAUUCAGAUUCAGAAAGCAGAUCAUAUCAGCAGAAAGUUCGUGUUAUGGAUUUGUUAGUUCAAGGGGAACUUGACUUCUCAUUGCAGAACUUGGUUUUGCGUAUUCAGUUUUUCAUCCUACAAACUGAAUGUAUUAGUUUUAUUCAAGUACUGCUUUGUUUGACAAUUUAGUACAAUUAGGGGACAUUUAGUCUUAAACAAAACACUAAGUAUGAAUUUUAUUUUCUUUUAACCAGUGAUCGAUUGAGCCAGAGGUUGUUUGACAAUUUUAUAAUACGUUUUUCAUGCUCUCAUUCAUGUACAUUAUUAGAAUUGAACUUUAGAUUGUUAUUUUGUGUGUAUCAUUUAUUAUUUAUAUGCAAACCAUAUUUAAUUCA